AUGUCACACAGCGACACACACGCACAUGGGGUCAGUGGUCAAAGCGUGGACUUGCCGGACAUCACGGACACUCAUCAUGACGGACUGGACCCUGGACACGUUCAACCCUGUACAAAAAGCAUCACUUUCCUGAGACCAGACUUGUGCAAAACACAAAUGGACACACAUGAGGAUCUGCUUCCAUUCAUCAGAGAAAUGGUGCAGAAGAGGCCCAGUCGCCACAUGUUGAGGAUCUAUGUCAUCGGCUGCUCUCUGGCUGCACUAGGGGCUAUGGUGGGAUUGCUCCAGAGCUUCUUUACUCCUUAUCAGUUUGAAGAGUCCAGCACAGAUCUGACACAGAGACAAACACUGGGGGCUUCCAAAGCACUGAAGAGGGAAGCAGCCGAGGACAGUCCUGGUCCAGAGGAAACCACAGCAGAGCUGGUGCCGUGGGGCAGGCGCAACUCUGCACACAGACUACACGCCUCAUAA